CGGUGAUAGAAGCUGAAUUAACAUCUUUCUCCUUUAAUAUAUUUUUGUUGAGAUAUAUAUGGGGACUUAUAAAAACACACAGUUCAUCAUCAUCGUCACCUACACCUGUAUACGGAGAGAACACGUACAUAUGUCUAAGGGAAAGAGCUUAAACGUGAAGGAAUUGAAAACCCUAGAUUGAAAUUCUUCUCAGUCUUCGGCCGAUUAACAGGCGUUAGAGCAAACAAUUUAGGUACUUUUGUAGGGAGUAUCAGAAUUUCUGAAUGUGAUCAUCGUUAUUUUCUUUGGGUUUAAUAUUGCAUAAGAAUUAACUUUCGAUAAGCCUAAGGAAAUUGGCACUUAAAUGGGAAGUCGUGGCCAAAAGCGUGCAGAAAUGGUUGAUGAAUUACCUGCUGAUAAGCGAGCUUGUAAUUCGUUGGAUUUUAGAGCUGGUUCGUCGAACUCAUCAAAUCACAGUCACUUGAUCUCUCCUAAUUCAGCAUCUGAAAACCAUGACAAUGAUAUGGAUACAUCCUCAUCUGCUUCGGGUUCCUCAGAUGGAGAACCGGAGAGGGAUUCUGCAUAUGGGUCCUGCGAUUCUGAUGAUGUAAACUUGAGACAAGGCAGCCUCAAGGAGUACCAGAGGAGGAGAUCCUCUAGUGAUCUUGGAAAAUUAAAGAGUAUAUUGGGGAGUUUGAGUGAAGAGACUGACUCCUCUAAGCAGUUAGUUAUGCUGACAGAGCUAUGCGAAGUGUUGUCGUUUUGUACAGAGAACUCUCUUUCCAGUAUGAUGGCAAACUUGUUGUCUCCUGUUCUUGUAAAGCUUGCUAAGGAUGAGAACAAUCCGGAUAUAAUGCUGUUGGCUAUAAGGGCUAUAACUUAUUUAUGCGACGUGUUUCCUCGAUCUUCGGGUUUCCUUGUUCGACACGAUGCAAUUUCUGCGCUUUGUCAAAGAUUAAUGGCUAUCGAGUACUUGGAUCUAGCUGAAGAGUGUCUUCAAGCGCUGGAGAAAUUAUCACGAGAUCAACCACUUGCAUGUUUAAAUGCUGGGGCAAUUAUGGCUGUACUAACUUAUAUUGAUUUCUUCUCGACCAGUGUACAGAGAGUAGCGGUUUCUAUUGUUGUGAACAUAUGCAAAAAACUUCCUUCAGAAUGUGAUGCACCUUUCAUGGAUGCUGUUCCGGUGUUGUCCAAUCUUCUCCAAUAUGAGGAUCUGCAGCUUGUUGAAAAUGUAGCUGUCUGCUUGAUUAAAAUAGUGGAGCGGAUGAGUCAUUCCUCAGAAAUGCUUGAUGAACUCUGUAAGCAUGGGCUAAUUCAUCAAGCUACAAAACUCAUAAGCAUAAAUGGCAGAAAAGCUCUGCCGCAGCCAAUUUACAAUAGUCUGAUUGGACUACUUGUCAAACUCUGUUCUGGCUCAGUUUUAGCUUUCAAGACUUUACAUGAGCUUAAUAUCAGUGGUAUACUGAAGGAUAUAUUAUCUACUUAUGACCUCUCACAUGGAGUGUCUUCUCCAUCUAUGGUUGAUGGGCAUUGUAAUCAGGUACAUGAAGUUCUUAAGUUGCUGAAUGAGCUUCUCCCUACUUCAGAUAGAGAUCAAUGUGUCCAGCAGCUGUCUGAUAAGGAAUCAUUCUUAGUCAAUCACCCUGAUCUUCUGCAGAAGUUUGGAGUAGACAUAUUUCCCAUGCUGAUUCAGGUGGUUAAUUCUGGUGCCAAUAUAUAUGUUUGCUACGGCUGCCUAUCCGUGAUCAACAAAUAUGUUUACUUGAGCAAAUCUGACAUACUCAUUGAAUUGCUUAAGAAUGCGAAUAUUCCAAGUUUUCUAGCUGGGGUCUUUACUAGAAAGGAUCAGCAUGUGCUUAUAUUAGCCCUGCAGAUUACUGAGAUAAUUCUGCAAAAGCAUCCUGACUUGUUCUUGAGCUCAUUUAUAAAAGAAGGUGUUUUCUUUGCUAUUGAUGCUCUUCUAUCACCUGAAAAAUGUCAACACAUGAUCUUUCCUGUGUUCAAUGGCAUCCAGCUGCCUGUUGACUCUAGCCAAAAAUCUGCAACGAGUGUGGUCCGCAGAUGCUUAUGUUAUGCUUUUGAUACUGUUCAGCAUACUUCAGUGUCAGAAACAAAAACAUGCAAGCUUGAAAAGGAUAGGGUUCAAGAUCUUGCAAAGCACAUAAGAACCAGUUACUUCACUCUAGAAGUUUGUGAUUCUGAGAAAGGGUUGACUGAUAUUCUUCAAAAGCUCAGAACUCUUUCUGCUGCUUUGAGUGAUUUGAUGAACGUGUCUGGGAAUACCGAACCUGCCACUCAAGAUGAAGAAAAGUUCUACUGUAUAUUGCAUCAAAUCGUGUUCAAUCUAAGUGGAAGGGAAUCUGUUUCCACAUUUGAAUUCAUUGAAAGUGGUAUUGUGAAAUCAGUACUGAACUACAUCUCAAACGGAUUCUAUUUGAAAGGAAACAUAGAGGGUAAUGUUUCAUGUAGUUAUUUCUAUGUGAUAGCAAAAAGGUUUGAGGUGUUUGCUAGGCUAUUUUUGUCUUCUUCAGACACCCUUGGCGAGGGCCCACCUUCGUUAGUUUUAAUACAGAAAUUACAGAAUGCCCUUUCUUCCUUGGAAAACUUUCCUGUCAUUUUAACACAUGCAUCUAGGCUCAGGAAUUCAUUUGCUACUGUCCCAAAUGAGCGUUCCAACAAGUAUCCAUCCCUAAGAAUUCUUUUUGUGAGGGGAGACGGCGAGUCAUGCCUCAGUGAUUACUCUGGAGAUGUUGUGACUGUUGACCCUUUCUCUUCAUUGGAUGCUAUUGAAGGAUAUCUGUGGCCUAAAGUAGGCAUAAAAAGAAAUGAACAAAGAGAAUCGACUCUUCAAGCUAUGGAGCCAAUUGACAGUGCACCAUCAGGAUUGGCACCAAAUGCAAAUUCCAGCCAAGGCAAAUGUCCAGGUGAUACAGAGCCUGACAGCAUGUCCGCUGCUUUGCGUGAGAUGCAGGUAGAGGAGGCUAACUUAUUACCAUCCACAUCCGAACAAGUUAUUAAUUCAAGAGAGAGAAAUUCUGGUGAAAUAACCUUAGAUGAAACUCGUACUGCCUCUACAGGGCAGGAACUACAGUUUUCCUCUGAAGUAGUUACAAAUGUGAAAAGUGAGAACCCUGAAUCCUGUAGCAUUACAGCUUCCUCUCCAAAACUGGUAUUUUACCUGGAAGGAGAACAGCUGGACCGAUCCUCGACAAUAUAUCAAGCGAUUCUCCAGCAACAAAUACAAUUAGGCGAUGAAGUUAUUGCUGGGGCAAAACUGUGGAGUCAAGUAUACACAAUAACUUAUGGAAUGGCUGUAAAAUCUAUCCAGGAAGACCAUCAAAUAUCUCUUCAUUCAGCUGAAAAUUUCCCUGUGUCAAAUAAUUUUGACACACAACUGCAGAAUAGCCCUUUCCUUUCUCGCAUGUUUGCUUCUGGGGUUGCUUCUGACUUGGAUAACUCAAACCCCACUUAUGACAUUUUAUUUCUGCUUAAAAUUUUGGAAGGAUUAAAUAGGUUUGCGUCUCAUCUGAUCUCCCACAAAAGAAUAUGUGAUUUUGCAGAAGGGUUGAUUGAUGACAUGGAUAAUUUAAGGUUGGUAGUUCCUUCUGUAGCACAGAAUGAAUUUAUGUGCAGUAAAUUAACAGAAAAAUUAGAGCAGCAAAUGCGGGAUAGUUUAGCUGUGUCUGUUGGCGGUUUGCCUUUGUGGUGUAAUCAGUUAAUGGCUUCAUGCCCAUUUCUGUUCAGUUUUGAAGUAAAAUGUAAGUACUUUCAACUGUCAGCCUUUGGUCGUCAGCAACUUCAAGCUCAUGUACCUUCGCAAACUAAUUUGGGUGGUUCAAGAGACAGGAGAUCUAGUGGUGGCAGUUUACCUCGGAAGAAGUUCUUAGUUUUGCGGAACCAGAUUCUGGAGUCUGCAACCAAAAUGAUGAACUUGCAUGCUCAUAAUAAAGUUCUUCUUGAAGUGGAGUAUGAUGAAGAAGUUGGUACUGGCCUUGGUCCAACACUGGAAUUCUAUACCCUGGUUUGUCAUGAGUUUCAGAAACCUGGCCUUGGAAUGUGGAGAGAGGAUCUUGGUUCGUUUACCACCAGGAAAAUCUUGCAAACUGAUGAUUUGGGAGUUGUGAUGUCUUCUCUUGGACUUUUUCCCUGCCCAUGGCCCUCUAUGGUAGUUACAUCCGAUGGGAUGCAGUUUUCAGAAGUGAAAAAAAGAUUUUACCUUUUGGGGCAAGUAGUGGCAAAGGCUCUUCAAGAUGGAAGGGUUUUGGAUCUGCCCUUCUCCAAGGCCUUCUAUAAACUUAUCCUUGGGCAGGAUCUUAGUUUAUAUGAUAUACGGUCAUUCGAUCCUGAGCUUGGCAGGACACUGCUAGAGUUUCAGGCUCUUGUUAAUAGGAAGAAACAUUUGGCCUCCUGUGGCAACCAGUCGGCUUUAAAAGUUGAAUCAUGCUAUCGUAACACCAGAAUUGAGGAUCUUUAUCUUGACUUUACGCUCCCUGGUUAUCCUUUUUAUGUUCUUACUUCUGGACCGGAUCAUAAAAUGGUAAAUAUAGAUAACUUGGGGGACUAUAUCAUGCUUGUUGUGGAUGCUACUGUGCAUUCAGGAAUAUCAAGACAAUUUGAAGCUUUCAAAUCCGGAUUUAACCAGGUUUUUCCAAUUGAGCGGCUUCAAAUUUUCACAGAGGAGGAACUUGAGCGUUUACUAUGUGGAGAACAUGACUUUUGGGCUUUCAACGAGCUCUUGGAUCAUAUCAAGUUUGACCAUGGAUACACCGCUAGCAGCCCACCGGUCAUCAGUUUACUAGAAAUUAUACAGGAGUUCGAUUAUGAACAAAGAAGAGCGUUCUUACAAUUUGUGACUGGAGCACCUCGGCUCCCUCCAGGAGGUUUGGCAUCUCUUAAUCCAAAACUGACAAUUGUUCGAAAGCAUUGUAGCAGUUGUGCAGAUGGAGACCUGCCGAGCGUGAUGACAUGUGCCAAUUACUUGAAGUUGCCACCUUACAGUUCAAAAGAGAGGAUGAAGGAGAAACUCUUGUAUGCAAUAACAGAAGGACAAGGUUCAUUCCACCUUUCAUAGCUUUCACAGGUACAUAAAUUGUGGUGGUGUAAUUACUGGUUGUGUAGAUGGUAGAAUCAUGGCGGAUCAAUAGAGGAGCUGAUUGUUUGGAAUAACAAGAGGAUGCUCCUGUCAUUGCUGCCCCAUGCGUAAAUUGGUGGAAAAUGCAGGCAAUUGGUUUACUUAAGUUGGAUAGAUGUACAAAAAUAAAUAUUGGGGAUUCUGGUUGCCAUGCUGACAUUUCAAGGUUACUUAUGUACAUAAAUUUUUAUCACCCAGAUGAAUUUUUUUGAAGGUGAUGCAAAUUGGUUUUCUAAACAGAAGAUGUUUUUGAAUUUGCUUGUUACUGAGCACUUCAUGCUACAAUCAUGAGAUGAAUUCCAUCUCCGCUGGAGUGAAUUUCCGUUGGA